CACCGUGUGGUCACGUCUCUCUAAUGAUUUCUAACUAGGAAUAGAAAACGAUUUUGUAUUUUAAAGUAAUUCAUUAAAUUGAAUCAUAUAGGAUUGAAAUUAAACCCAUAACGAGAAAACGCCCAGGUGAUAAACUUUACGACAUCAAUAUACAUCACAGUAUGAACUUGCAGAGUGUCGCUGACUUUCGUAACUGAAUCAACUGCAUUUGAAAGCCCUUGAAGUGAAUUAUGCAAUUUAUUCGCUGAUUUGUUUUUCCUCUGGUAAACAAGAUAAGUGUUGAGACUUAUCAACUCAAAAGAUCAAUGUUUCAAGUCGAUUUUUUUUAUUAUCUUUCCAUCCCCUGUGAUGUAAACAAAUAUAAAAAACAAAAACUUUGCUGAAACCGCUCGAGCUGCACGAUGAAAAGCUACGCAAGAUUCCUGUUGAACUUAUGAUGAGGAAGUGAUUUUUGAACCUUUGACUCUUUCUGAUCAAGGAGCCGGUCAUGGGCAGUGGCGAUAUUAUUAAUGUCACCCUGAAGGGAGGGGCGCCUUGGGGAUUUCGUCUGUUUGGAGGAGAAAGUUUUCCUAUUGAAGUUGCCAAGAUACGAAAGAAGAGUAAAGCACACGAUGGAGGACUACAGGAAGGGGAUGUCUUACUCCGUCUGAAUGGUGUCCCUGUCAAGGGGAAGACCCACGAAGCAGUCAUGCAACUGGUGGACAAUGCUGGAGAAAAACUCCAAAUUGAACUCCAAAGACCUUACGGAAAGAAGACUGUAAAAGACCCACAACGGCCUACGAAUCUACUACAACCGUCCGACACAAACGUAGUAUCGUCAGCGUCCUCGAAUUACGUCAUCCCCGAGGGUGACAAAACUCGAAAGAUAAUUACUCACCAAUAUCGGGAGAACGAGCCAGGCGGACUCAAGUCCAAUACAUACAUCAAACAGGAAUUUGUGAGCUCCCAGCCCUACCAGACGGUUAACCAAGCCCAGUCACAACAGAUGCCACAACAGGUGUAUGUUGACAUCCAGGAUCCGUACAGAUCCCUGAAGGAAAACCUGUCACCAUUACCAACUGAUUUUCAGCCAAAGUCGGCGUCUAGUCCAGUUCCUCACUUCCGGGUAAGAAACGUGAAGGAUGUACUGAGCCAUCCUCCAACUGGAAAGGUAUAUCCGGUUCAGUCGCCAGCAUCGGAACCGCAACCGCUGCAAGAAAACGACGCGAAUAUACCCAUGUUCCGGGUUUCAAAGUUUCAGCCUCGCAUGUCUGAGCAUGAACCACAUGUUCAAUUUGUACCUGAACCAGUCGUGUACCUAGAGCCAGAACCAAUUCCGCAGCAAGAAGAGUACCAGCCGUACGAAGCUGAUGUAGCUGAAGGCCCGCCUCCAUCUGCACCCAUCCAUAGCGCUCGAAAUGUUCAAAAUGAACCAAUGAUGUUUCCCGUACCGAGACCGACUUUUGACGCUGUUAAGGAGUUGGUCAAUUAUAGACGAAAAGAUGAGAAUGGGGAUGAAGUCGACCACGAAUAUUACGAUGUUCACGGUCACAAACAUCUUCCCAUCUUUGCGCCACCUGUUGAAAUUGAACCAGAACCGGAAACAGAGGACAAAAACAUCAUGGACAGCGGAUAUGACGAAAGUAUGAUGACCCCAGGGAGUGGUAGUCGACCUCCAAAUCUACCUGACCUUGACCUGACCCGGACCUACAGUUUAGAGAGCGAUAUUCCCGGAACUCCGGACACUGGAUCCACAGCAACACGAAGAAAGAAAAUCUUCUCCGAUUCUGCCUUUUACGAUGACCCUUCCACGAAUUUCCCAACAAUCCAGGAGCAAGUGGGCCUUUGCAAAAAGAUAGCCAAGUCGCUAACUUCGGCAGCCAAUCGACGCGCUCGCGGUGCCAAAAUGUUUGCGAAGCGCAAACGCAAAUCGAGCAAGUGGAUCCACGAUGGGGAGAGGUACCACGGGUCAUCGUCGGCGGGGGAUGUAGCUGAUCUGCGUGACCUUGAUAGCGAACUAAGUGAAUCGGAAGGAGGAAAUAAGCCCCUAUUUCAGUUUCGAAUACCCAAUCUUGCUAAUCGGGUUAAUUAUCACGACGAUCACAAAAUGAGUUUGUCAAGGGACGAGUUCGAGAGGCUCCGAUUGAGCUCGAACAAAGUUGAUCACACGUCUGUUUCGCCAUCUCAGUGUCAAAGUCUGGUGGCCGAUUUGCAGUCUCCUAGAAACAGAGGAGCUAAGUUGUUUCAGAAAAGAGCCGCUCGGUCCGAGAGAUGGGUUAUCGACGAAAACAACGCCCAAAAGCCAGCGCCGCAACCCCGCCUAAACGAAAUAGUGAGUGUUGGAUCCCCUUCCAAGCCGGGUUUAUCCCCUUGGGAGGCUGCUAUGGAAAAUCCCUUGGGAUACGUUGACAAAGCUUUCGACCACUUGGACAGUCGACCGAAACCUCGGCCAAUGUCCGUGCCGCAGUAUCAGCCACCACAAUACAAACCAGUGGUCCAAGCCCCCGUGGUCCAACCCGUAUCAGUACCCUUCCAACAAACUCAAACUUACAAAAAGCAGACGAACAUUUCUCUUAGAACUGACGAAAAACCAAAAGUGAUCACAGGUCCUAACUACAACAGACUAGCCAAGGGAUGGAGGCUUGGAGGAGACCAGAGAGAUGGGUCUACUAGACGAGCGCAACAGCAACAGUGGGUGCAACAUCAGCAAGAGCAGCAACAAUGGUCAUCGCAGCAACCACAAUUUGUAAGACAGGAACCUCCCCCACCCCCACCACCUCAGAAACCAGUCAAACAACAAGAAAAUUAUAACCGAAAAAUCAAAGCAUGGUCCUCGGGACCUGGUAGUAAUACUAAAACAGUUCAAGAGAGUUCGUCUGUAACUAGUCCAGUAUAUGGCGGGCAGGGACAGCCCCAAGGAUAUAGGACGACCGAUUCUUACAACUAUGAAAUGACCUCUGUUACAGACUUCUAGCCAUUUUGUUGUAUGAUUUUUAGAAUAUAUGGAGUGUGGUUUAUUUACACGAGAGAUUUUUUUUUUUUUUUUUUUUGGGUAAUAUUUUUUAUGGAAAAGGCUCAAUUCUGAUUUUGAGUGUACCUGUAAACGACGGUUUACAUAAAGGAUAUGAUGCAACAAAAGCGCCAAGUAGUGCAUUUUCGUUCCGAUGCUCAUUGCGUGGUUAUGUAUAGUCGCCUAUGUAUCAUUUAUUCUUCACUGUAUUACCAUGGUUACUUAGAAGCAUUCCCGAGAUUGUUUUUAUUUUCGUGUGGCUAUCUAUUCCUUUGAGUUCCGAUCUCUAUGUAAAUCACUUGUGCAGAACUCUUGCAACUUGCCAAAGAGAACAAUGUAAGAAUGCGUUUGAUUGGAUGGUACGGUAAUACAGAUGGAGCUUCGACGACCGAGGGAAAAAAAAGAGUUUAGUAUAAGAUCCGUUUGCGACGGUGUUUAUGUAGGUGUCUGUUUGGUUACAAUUAUUUCUUCGUGAUACAAGAUUAACAAUGAUCCUGAGACCAUCCAGAGGAUAUUGGCAACUAAAUAAGGACACACGUCUCGUAUUUCAUAAGCAAGGUGCAACAUGACAAGGCAUUCUGAUGUUUAUUGCCUUGAAGACAAAACUCUUUUGGCUUAAUGUCAAAACAAAUUAUAUACUGGAGAUAACUACCGAAAUCCCAAUAUUGAGACGACAGUAGCAAUGUUUGCCCGUUCUUCCACCUAUCCUUAACUGAGUUCACAACUUUACCAUCAUCAACUUUCGUUUAUUAUGACCGAUGACCCCGGAGGAACGGGUAAAACAUUCGAUGAAACUUAAGUUUCUAUUGAGAUUUUUGGAAAUUUUCUUCUUUAAUAUGGAAUGUUUUGAAGCAAGUCCAUUUACAUUGACAUUUAGUUUUGGUAACUUAAAGUAGGAAUGUUUAUGUUGAACUGUAGAUCUAACGCCAUUUUGUUACAUUGCAAACGAGGAACAGAUGACGAUGGGUUUUGUGCAAUAAUUUGUGAAUGAGGGUUCACUGAAUUUGUUUUGUUGUUUUUUCCUUGAACUAUUAUCAUGAUGUUGAGUAUUUAUCUGGAUAUCUUAAUUUUAUUUCUUUUGUAAAAAUGAAUUUUACCUUACUCAAAGUAAAUGAAAGUUUGAUUUG